AUGUCAUCUUCCGUGCCCAUGCCCGAGAGAACGCAAGUCACCUCGAAGACAACCUUUGACCUGUUCCCCAAAGACGUUCAGCCUCUAGACGUCUCAACCAGGAAGCCGCUAGCUUAUGCCGUGCGAACCGGUGAAUCUCAACAACAACAACAAAGCCAAGAUGCAUUAAUGGAGGAAAUGUGCAUCGUCAUCGACGAGGAAGACCGGGAAAUAGGAAUGGCUAGCCAUCAAGUCGCCAACAUCGACCGCGGUCUCCUCCACCGGGCCUUCUCCGUCCUCCUGUUCGACACGCAGAACCGCCUCCUGAUCCACCAGCGCGCGAGCGGCAAACUCACCAUGCCCGACCAUUGGACCAACACGUGCUGCUCGCAUCCUCUCGCGGUAGAGGGAGAAACCGGGGGCAUCCAGGGACUGAAGCGCGCGGCGCAACGCAAAUUGCAGCACGAGCUGGGCAUCGCCCCGGAAGACGUGCCGCUCGAUGCCUUGCACUUUGCCACGCGGAUACAUUACCGAUGCCCCAGUGAUGCGCAGUGGGGGGAGCACGAAGUCGAUGUCCACCUUGAUCUCAAUGCGGAGGAGAUCCGGGAUUACCGAUAUGUGACGCCGGCGGAACUGCAGCUCAUCCUGGGGGACUCGGAGAUCACUUCUGGCUCCAUGAUUCCUGAUUUCCAAAGCCGAGUAAACGCCAAGCUCCGACCCAAUCGCAACCUGGUGCUGUUACGGCGACAUGCAGCGGGCCGGGAACGAGGUCAGAAAGCGAGGAAAAACACAUUCCCCCAGCGGCGAACUGUCGAGAAUUCCGGAAGUCAAUCGAACAACGGGGAGGAAAUGUACCGCAAUGGUCUUCUGAAAUGUCUCAGCAUGGACUCACGGGCGCCGUUCAGCCUGCAGCGGAAUCCGACAGCCGGUGCCUUUAGCCCCGGCUUCUCACCGACUUCAAAAGCAUCUUAUAACAUCUCACUAUCGGGCAAAACCCACAUCGAGAGCUUUGCACGAAUACCACAGAUCCCAGGUCAACUAAUCGAUACUCUUUCAAUCAUGACAGAUGUUGCAGUCAUUGGCAUUGGCCUCCGACUCCCCGGCGGAGUGACCAAUUGUACCCAAUUUUGGGACAUGCUAGCCAGUGGUGCGGAUGGUUGGGCUCCGCCCCCAGCAGGUCGCUUCGAUCAAGAGGACCUGGAAGCAUGGAAAAAGACUGGGGUGGAAGGUGCAUAUUUCCUCACGGGAGAUAUUGCCCGCUUCGACGCGGCCAUGUUCAGGAUUUCGCCCGAGGAGGCCCAGGCGAUGGACCCUCAGCAGCGACUGCUCCUAGAAGUGACAUAUGAGGCUCUGGAGAAUGGGGGCAUUUCGCUGCAAUCGAUCAGUGGAAGCAAUACGGCUGUCUUCAUCGGGACCUUUGCCUACGACUAUGCGAAUCUGGCAGCCAAGAACAGAUCCCCGAUCGGUGGCCACAGUGCCCUUGGAGCAAGUCGAAGCAUUCUCGCCAACCGCGUCUCCUAUGUACUGAACCUCAACGGCCCCAGUAUGACCAUCGACACCGCGUGCUCGGCCAGCUUGGUCGCGUUGCAUCAAGCCCGCCAAGCCAUCCUCAGCGGGGAGAUAGAGCAGGCCAUCGUCGGGGGCGUCAACCUGAUCUGCCAGAGUGACCUUCACGUUGGCCUCCACCAGCUCAACGUCCUCUCCUCCAGCGGGCGGUCCUCUCCGUUUGACCGUCGCGCGUCAGGGUACGGUCGUGGCGAAGGAUGUGUAUCGGUGAUCCUGAAACGCCUGGACGCCGCGGUCCGCGACGGGGACCCCAUCCGCGCGGUGAUCCGAGCCUCGGGCGUCAAUUCAGACGGCCGGACGGCGGGAAUUGCCUUCCCCAAUGGAGAGGCACAAGAGUCCCUCGUCCGCAGGGUCUACCAAGAUGCUGGAUUGCAUCUGGGGGAUACGGCGUUUGUCGAGGCGCACGGUACAGGGACGCCGACCGGUGACGCCGUGGAAGCAAGAGCCAUCGCCAGGAUCUUCUCUAACCCGCAGCUCCAUGUGGGCUCCGUCAAGGGAAAUAUCGGUCAUCUCGAAGGCGCGAGUGGCCUGGCCGGACUAGUCAAGGCCAUUAUCUGUCUAGAGCGAGCCACGAUUCCUCCGCAGUGCGGCUUCUCGCAACCCAACAGCAACAUCCCCCUUGACAAAUGGACAAUGCAGGUUGGUCCCCUCCUGGUGCCCUGUAUGUACAACCUAUGUACUAUCCCGCGCGGGUUGACGCCAUGGCCUCUCACAGGGCUCAGGAGAGCCUCCGUCAACAGCUUCGGAUUUGGCGGAACCAAUGCUCACGUUGUUCUCGAUCGUGGGUUCGGUUCCAGUUUCAUCUCUGGCGUAGCCUGGCCACGAUCGUCGUCGGAUCCGCACAAUGUCGACAACGAUCUGUCGGCCAAUCGCAUCCGCCGACUCUUCAUGAUUUCGGCGAACGACCAGGCGUCAAGGUCUAUGAUGAUCCAGCAGCUGGUCGACUGGCUGGGUUCUGUUCGCCCCCCACAUCAAGAUCCAUUUUUGCAGAGUUUGGCGUACUCUCUAGCCCGGCGGUCACGUUUACGGUCUCGUCUCGCGGUUGCAGCCUCUUCUAUUGAAGAAUUGUCUCUCAAUAUGUCGCGUGAUACCCCUGGGUUGGCCAGCAGGCUUGCUCGAGCUCCCGCUCUCGGAUUCGUAUUCACGGGCAUGGGUGCACAGUGGGAGCAGAUGGGCUAUGACCUUUUCCGGCGGUAUCCAGUGUUCCGUGAAUCCUUUCUCCGAGCUGACGAAUGUCUAAGAGCACUUGGCUGCACAUGGAAAGCGACAGACGAAACAUUCCGAUACGGAGAAGGCAGUAGGAUCGAUCACCCCGAUGUCUACCAGGUCAUCACCACGACGUCGCAGCUGUGCCUGGUGGAUCUCCUGUCGUCCUGGAAGAUCCGUUCCCGGUCGGUCGUGGGCCACUCCGGUGGUGAGAUAGCCGCGGCAUACGCGGCUGGUGCCUUAAGCUUCUCCGAUGCCAUGAAGGUGGCCUUUCAUCGAGGCCAGCUCAUUGCGAGCUUGGAAAGAAGUCACACGCGGACCGCCGGAGGAAUGCUCGCGGUCGGAUGGUCGGCCGAGCAGGUCCAGCCUUACUUGUCUCGGCUGGAAACCGGCAUUGUCUCCGUGGCCUGCUACAACAGCCCGAGGAGCGUGACACUGGCCGGGGACUUGGCCGGUAUCCGCGAGCUGGAGAGGAUUCUUCCCGAGCAUGGAGCUCUGGUCAAGCGCCUGAAUGUCGGCGUCGCGUAUCACUCUGCGCAUGUGCAGCAGCUGGCCGAGCCUUGUCGCCAGGCGCUGUCAGACAUCGAGUCCCACCACCACCGGACCAGUAGUGAUGUGCACUUUUACUCCUCCGUCGCUGGGGCCAGAGUCGAGGUCACCGAGCUAGGCACUGAGUACUGGGUCCGAAACAUGACGCAACCGGUCCGGUUCUGCGAAGCUGUCUCUGCUGUGUGUCAGGGGUCCGGCGCGCCGCGCGAAUUGGACCUGUUGGUGGAGGUGGGGCCUCACGCCACCCUUAACGGUCCGAUCAAGCAGAUUCUGAAAUCCUUGCACAUGCAAAACAGUGUGGACUACACUCCGUGCAUGAUGCGAAAAGCCGAUGGGGUCUCCAGUAUGCUCGACACGGCGGCCGCCGUGGCCAUGAAGGGGGGUGCGGUCGAUAUCGAAGCCGUGAACAUUUCGGCACAGGCGUGGCAGGCUCCUCCUCGACUCAUCGUUGACCUCCCGACUUAUCCUUGGAAUCAUGCCACGCGAUACUGGAUCGAGACCCCGGUAGCUGUCGGCGCUGACAGAAAGCCCUUCAGCUUGGCCGAGGGAAGGAGGGACGUGAACGAGAAGUCAGACCAGCUCGUCGGACGAAUGAUCAGCUCCCUUGAUGCUGCCGCCAAGCACUUUGCAGAAACAGCCUUAAAUGCCCUGACCGACGAUGAUUUCGACCGCUUGAGCGAUCAGCACCGCUCUCUCGUCGCUGCCCUGCGACUCGGCCGGGAUCGAGAUUCGCUCCCUCCCGAUGGGCGAAGCAAGCAGGAGAUCGUGGAGGCCGCCAAGAACUGUGGCCCAGAAGGGGACUUGCUAUGUAGGAUUGGGGACAGCCUUGGCCAAAUCCUGCGGCGUGAAAUACAGCCACUCUCUCUGAUGCUUGACGGGGAUCUCCUUGCCAGGUAUUACCGCUCGGCGCUUGGUAUGCAGCAGUGUCAAAAUCAAGUAGCAGAAGCCAUCCAAGGCAUCGUGACCGGUCACAACAAUACCGCAAUGAGGAUCCUCGAGGUUGGAGCUGGAACUGGGGCGUCGGCGCUGCACAUCCUUCAGACCUUGAGCAAGGAUGCAAGUGAUCUGCCCCUGCAACAGUACGAGUUCACCGACAUAUCACCUGGCUUCUUCGCCAAGGCUCGGCAGACUCUCGCGCCGUGGGCUUCGAAGGUCAGCUUUAAAGUUCUUGACAUCAGCAAAGAGGUGGUGGCUCAAGGCUUUGAGCCCGGUUCAUACGAUGCCAUUGUGGCGGCGGAUGUGAUUCACGCGACGCCAAGUAUCCGAACGACAAUGCAGAAUUUGAGACGGCUACUGAAGCCCGGAGGCAAAUUAAUACUUUUGGAACUUACCAAUCCGCCAUUAAGAUGGUCGAUCAUCUUUGGGACGCUGCCAGGGUGGUGGGCCGGUGUCGAUGAAGGCAGAGAGCUGGGACCCACGAUCGACGAGGGUGAAUGGGAUCAGGUCCUCCGCUCGACGGGUUUUUCAGGACUUGAUUUGUGUGCACGGGACUUCGAUGACCCCAGUCUGUAUCUCCACAGCGUGAUGACCUCUACUGCCGUUGACCAGAAUCAUUCCUAUGUGAUGAUCAAGAACGGCCACUAUCCGCCUGGCACUGUACAAGGGCUGACAUCCUCGUGUGAGGAACAUGGCUUUCGGGAUAUUCCCACCUUUUCAAUGGAUUACGCUCUUGAUCCCACUAGUCCCCUGCAACGAGAUACCGUGUGUAUCAUAUUCAGCGGUGUCGAGGAGGAAGGUUCGCCGGACAAGAUGUUUGUGGAACGGUUAGCACUGCUCCUGAACAGAACAAAAGGCAUCCUCUGGGUGACUGAAGCCGCUGUUUCUGCGGAGAGCACACCGAACGCCUGUCUGGUGGCCGCGAUUGCAAUGUAUCUCCACGCGAAGGUACCGGGUAAACCCAUCAUCACGCACGAGCUCACGGGGACCUGUCGGCGUCCAGACGAGGACUCUUCCCGCAAAAUCUGUGAGACUUUGCAGCUGCUGUCCAGUGAAUCAGAUUUGCUGGACGCUCUGCCCUCGCUGUUGCCCGAUCCCACCCGUGAAGACGAGGAGUUUCAUCUCUACGCAGCAUCGCGGGACCCGAUACCUAGCUAUCAUCCAGUGGAGGUGCUAGUAAACCACUGCCAGGUCCCACAGUCUCCUCCGAUGUUGAAGGACUCUUCAGCCUUUGACUCGGCCAUGGCUCAAUUCGAUGCGUUCCUGGAAGGAUUGCUGCAUGAGAUACGGGAACAUCUCGCCUCCUUGAAAACACCCAGCAGUGUGAUCGAGAGACUUGACAAGUGCCUCCGCGAUUCGACCGAAAGGGGCAAGCGGUGGCGAGGCCGUAUGCCUCUGCAAGCCGGCCAGCGACUUCUUGCCCACGGGCUCACGGAGCAGCAGGCUCGUGAUCUCUCGCUCAUCGGCUGGUAUCUUGAGAUCCUGCACGCGGCCUACCUGAUUGACGACGACAUGAUGGACAGAUCCGUCUUCCGCCGCAAUAAGCUCUGCCGCUACCUGCACGCCAACAUUGGCCUGGAUGCCAUCGGCGAUGCGCUCCUGAUGCGCUCCUGCGGCCGCUACCUGCUCCGGAAACACCUUGCCCCGCAUCCGCGCUACCCACAACUCCUCGAUACCCUGGACGAGACGAUCCUCCAUAUGGAUUUAGGCGGGGUGACGGACAGCCACAUCAGCAAGUCGUGCUUCCAGGGCUUCCAGCACCAUACCGCCGAGGCGUACGCGUUCCUGGCCGUGCAGAAGACCGCCUACUGUACGGUAUACCUGCCGCUGGCGCUCGUCGUGCAUUACCUGGACCUCGCGACCCCGCAGAACCUCUCGACCGUGCAAAAUCUCGGACUGCAGCUGGGCGCGUAUUUCCAGGUCCAGGACGACUACCUGGACGUGUUUGGAGACCCCAAGACCACGGGCAAAGUGGGCACGGACAUCGUCGAGCGCAAGUGUACCUGGCUGCUCGUUGAGGCGCUGGCGAAGGCUACCACGGAGCAGAGGCAGCAGUUGGAGGUCGCCUAUGCCGGUGGCGAUGUCGACCGAGUGAAGGGGAUUUUCGAGACUCUCGGGCUGCGAGCCCGGUACUUGGAAUAUGCGGAAGAGGCUCACAAGGCGCUUUCGGCGAAGAUUGCCAACGUGGAUGAGAGUGAGGGUCUUGUAAAGGGGAUUUUCGAAGCUGUGCUGUCAGAUCUCCACGGUCGGAAUCGCUAGGCAGAGGUAGAGCUCUAGGUUUCAACGAGCGAUUGCGGGAUGUGAAGCCUAUCUUUAUUUUGAAUGACACGCACGUGAUUAAGGAUAUUCGUUGUUUGCAUCC